UUUCUUUCUUUCCUACAUCGAUCUUCUGCAACACUUAGACUAUAUCAUGUCUUCCUCAAAAGCCAUCGGUAUCGAUCUGGGCACAACCUACUCUUGUGUCGGUGUCUGGCAAAAUGACCGAGUUGAAAUCAUCGCCAACGACCAGGGUAACAGAACUACUCCCUCAUAUGUUUCCUUCUCCGAGUCGGACCGUCUCAUUGGAGACGCCGCCAAGAACCAGGUCGCGAUGAAUCCUCAUAACACCGUGUUCGAUGCUAAGCGUCUCAUCGGUCGCAAGUUUGACGACGCAGAGGUUCAGUCUGAUGUCAAACACUUCCCGUUCAAAGUUAUAAGCAAGGGCGGAAAACCUUACAUCGAAGUCGAGUAUCGUGGCGAGAAGAAAGUAUUUUCUCCCGAAGAAAUCUCGUCCAUGGUCCUCUUGAAGAUGAAGGAGACCGCUGAGGCUUACCUCGGGGCCACGAUCAACAACGCUGUCGUCACUGUCCCCGCCUACUUUAACGACUCUCAACGUCAGGCUACUAAGGAUGCCGGAACCAUUUCAGGCAUGAACGUCCUUCGUAUCAUCAACGAACCCACUGCCGCUGCCAUCGCUUACGGUCUUGACAAGAAAGUGUCCGGUGAGCGCAAUGUCCUGAUCUUUGAUCUUGGAGGAGGAACCUUCGACGUUUCCCUCUUGACCAUUGAGGAGGGUAUCUUCGAAGUCAAGGCCACUGCAGGUGAUACUCACCUUGGUGGUGAGGACUUUGAUAACAGACUGGUGAAUCACUUCGUCCAGGAGUUCAAACGCAAGAACAAGAAGGACUUGUCGAGUAACGCUCGUUCUGUCCGUCGUCUCCGUACUGCUUGCGAACGUGCCAAGCGAACCCUCUCUUCCGCCACCCAGACUUCCAUCGAAAUCGACUCCCUGUUUGAGGGUAUCGACUUCUACACCUCUCUCACCCGUGCUCGAUUUGAAGAGCUCUGUCAGGACCUCUUCCGGAGUACCCUCGAGCCUGUCGAGAAGGUUCUGCGUGACUCGAAGAUCGACAAGUCAAACGUUCACGAGAUUGUUCUUGUCGGUGGUUCCACACGUAUUCCCCGUAUCGUCAAACUUGUUUCCGACUUCUUCAAUGGCAAAGAGCCUAACAAGAGUAUCAACCCCGACGAGGCUGUCGCAUAUGGUGCUGCUGUGCAAGCAGCCAUUCUCUCGGGAGAUACUUCAGAAAAGACUCAGGACUUGCUCCUCCUUGAUGUUGCUCCUCUCUCAUUAGGUAUUGAGACUGCCGGUGGUGUUAUGACCCCUCUGAUCAAGCGUAACACUACGGUUCCUACCAAGAAGUCGGAGACUUUCUCCACCUACGCUGACAACCAACCCGGUGUGCUCAUUCAGGUGUACGAGGGUGAACGUGCACGCACGAAGGACAAUAACCUGCUUGGUAAAUUCGAGCUGUCUGGCAUUCCUCCCGCUCCCCGUGGUGUCCCUCAAAUUGAGGUUACCUUCGACAUUGAUGCCAACGGUAUCUUGAACGUGUCGGCUUCUGACAAGACAACCGGUAAAUCUAACCGUAUCACAAUCACCAAUGAUAAGGGUCGUCUGUCCAAGGAAGAGAUUGAGCGUAUGGUCAGCGAGGCCGAGAAGUACAAGGCUGAGGACGAGGCUGCUGCUGCUCGUAUUCAAGCGAAGAACGCCCUCGAGUCAUACACCUACAACCUCCGUAACUCGAUGAACGACGAGAAACUUGCUGACAAAUUUGAACCUGCUGAUAAAUCCAAGCUGGACGCUGCUGUCAACGAGACUAUACAGUGGCUCGACAACUCGCAAGAGGCGUCGAAAGAGGAGUAUGAAGAGAAACAAAAGGAAUUGGAGAGUAUUUCCAACCCUAUCAUGCAGAAACUCUAUGGUGCUGCUGGCGGUGCUGCUGGUGGAUUCCCCGGAGGUGCAGGAGGUGCACCUGGAGGAUUCCCUGGCGGUGCAGCAGAAGGUGCUGAAGAUGGACCCAGCGUCGAGGAGGUUGAUUAAGUUUGAUUGAGCUUUUUGUUGUACUUUUAAUCUGGAUAUUUUUGUUUUUGCAAAAACACGAUGUAUAUUACACCCAAAACGAUUUAUAGAAU